AUGACGCAGCGUUCUAAAAUACGUACAAUUUUGAAUUUUAACGUGAGAAAAACACUUGGAACCGAAGACCUUUGGUCAAACACCCUAUGUCAGGCUGUGAUCAAACCCAAUGUAGUCAAACCCUCUGUGGUCAAACCCAAUGUGGUCAAACCCAAUGUUGUCAAACCCAUCAAACCCAAUGUGGUCAAACCCAAUUUGGUCAAACCCAAUGUGGUCAAACCCUCUGCGGUCAAACCCUCUGUGGUCAAACCCAAUGUGGUCAAACCCAAUGUAGUCAAACCCAAUGUGGUCAAACCCAAUGUGGUCAAACCUUCUGUGGUCAAACCCAAUGUGGUCAAACCCAAUGUGGUCAAACCCAAUGUGGUCAAACCCAAUGUAGUCAAACCCAAUGUGGUCAAACCCAAUGUGGUCAAACCCAAUGUGCUCAAACCCUCUGUGGUCAAACCCAAUGUAGUCAAACCCAAUUUGGUCAAACCCAAUGUGCUCAAACCCUCUGUGGUCAAACCCAAUGUAGUCAAACCCAAUGUGGUCAAACCCAAUGUAGUCAAACCAAAUGUGGUCAAACCCUCUGUAGUCAAACCCAAUGUAGUCAAACCCAAUGUGCUCAAACCCUCUGUGGUCAAACCCAGUGUGGUCAAACCCAAUGUAGUCAAACCCAAUGUGGUCAAACCCAAUGUGCUCAAACCCUCUGUGGUCAAACCCAAUGUGGUCAAACCCAAUGUGCUCAAACCCUCUGUGGUCAAACCCAAUAAAAAGAAUUACAAACAAUAUGCUUUAGUUAAAGAGGAGACUGAGCCCGUUGUUCUCAAUGAACGUGUGAACCUUCCACCCAACUUUACAACACCUUAG